CUCCGAACUGCCGUGCCCGUCGGCUCCUGCGUCGUGCACCACAAACUGCAAUGAUUCUCGGCCACGGCCAUCAACAGCCACUGCAACCCAAAGAUUCCGGAAGUCCAGCGGCAGCCACUCCAACGGAAUAUACCUGUUGAAUCCCCCUCUCGAAGCCUCUCCACCGAACUGUGACUGUGAGUGUGUGCCGGUGUUCCAGAAAUUCCUCGCCGAUGGAAGGGGCCAUCGCCCGCGGGGCGCGGUGCCCAAAGAUCAGCCGCGCCACGUUCGGCUGCCCGGCAGUACGCGUCCGUGUGCCGAGAAGCCUCUGCGGCGGCCACCUGGGUGCACGGUGCAGCAGCGCCCGUGCCAUGGGCGAGAGCGCGCGUGACGACCCCAGGCCAAGAGUGGCGCGCGCGAAUGGCCAAGGCCAUGGGAGGUCCGCGCUGCGGCCGGGUCCGGGUGCUCCCGCUCCCGCGUCGCCGUCCCGUGGCGAGAAGAGGGGGAGCGUGGCCGGCGCCGUGGCGCUGAUCGUUGGGACCAGCAUCGGGUCCGGCAUCCUCGCCGUGCCGCAGCGCACUGCGCCCGCGGGCUUCGUCCCGAGCGCGGCGUGCAUGGUCACGUGCUGGGCGUUCCUGGUCGCGGAGGCCCUCCUCAUCGCGGAGAUCAACGUGCACCUGCGGCGGCGGCGCCGCAACAAGGACGGCGGCGGCAACCGCCGCGGGGAGCUGGAGCUGGACCUGGAGGUGAUCUCCGUGAAGAGCAUGGCGCAGGAGACGCUGGGCGAGUGGGGCGGGCACCUGGCCACCGCCACGUACCUAUUCCUGUCCUACACCUCCAUGGUCGCCUACGCGUCCAAGUCCGGCGAGGUGCUGUCGCGCCUGGUGCCCGGCGUGCCCGAGCCCUUCUCCGGCGCCGCCUUCACCGCCGCGCUCGCCAUGCUCAUCGCCGGAGGCGGCACGGCCGUCACCGACCGGGUGAACCAGUUGCUCACCUUCGUUAUGAUAGGUUUACUGCUGACAAUUGAGGUGUCAGCAGUGGCGCUAGGCGGUGGCCUGAGCUUGCCAGCGAACGCCAACUGGGAGCAGGUCCCGGCGGCGCUGCCUGUGAUCAUCUUCACGCUGGUCUUCCAUGACAUCGCGCCAGUGAUCUGCGCGUACCUGGAAGGGGAUCUCGCGAGGAUCCGGCUGUCCAUCCUCGUGGGCAGCCUCGUGCCACUGGUGUCCUUGCUCGUGUGGGACGACAUCGCGCUCGGCCUCGCCACCACGGAUGUCGCAGCUGGGUUUGACGUCCUGGGCAUGGUAAAGACAGAAUGGAGCCACACCGUGCUGGAGACGUUCUCGCUCCUGGCCGUCGGGACGUCGCUCAUCGGCACGCUGCUUGGGGCUUCCCAGUUCUUCAUCGAGCAGAUGACCAAUAGUAUUAGUAUAGCCUCUUCACCAGGCCAACAGCACGGCAAGAAGAACAGAGGCGUUGUUGAAUCAGUUCUGGAGAAUAACAUGCUCAGCUACGCUGCUACAGGAGCUGUAGUUGUCCCGACCAUGCUCAUCGCAGCUACCGUCCCCAACUCGUUCUCCAUAGCUACCGACAUCGCGGGCGGCUACUGCAUGACAAUCCUGUAUGGUGUCCUCCCUCCGUUGAUGGCCUGGGCUAUUAUCGGCUCGUCCAAACUGUCUGACUCGAGUGCCGGGCUCGUGGACGAAGACCUCCAGAACGACGACGACGACGACGACGACAGGGGAAAAGAAGACUUGACGAGUGCGAAGCCUGUUCUGGUUGGGAUGGGGGUGUUCUCGGUCCUCUUGGUCUUUGAGCAAAUCGUCCAGGAUUUUCUCAGUUUAAAUGCCUCUCUCGUCUCGUAGACUAGUGGAGUAGCGCAGAAAGAUCAGCUGCGCCGCCGAUGUUGAACUCGCAUUAACAACGGGUUGAUGCUGAUGCGACUUCCCUUCCCUCUUCACUGUCAUCAAGUAGGCACUUAGGCUUAAUUAGGCAGGCCCCAUGUAAAUAGUACUGUAGCACCAAAUGAACGAACUGAAAGUAUGGACCAUGAAACAGACUAGCACUAGCUUAUCGUCAAAUUGCAAAUCAAAAUUUACACCA